AUGCAACCAUCUCAAACACCCCCAGAAUCCCACAACUUUCAAAUCACCUCCACUCUCCGCUAUGACCCAGAUCUCCCCAGAAUUCCUCAUAUACCGGACACCUAUCCGGCCCCCAAAACCUCCCCCUAUUACCUCCUCAGCUAUCACUAUGACCGCCUCCUUGCCGCUGCCGUCGACUUCGAAUGGCCGGCCGCAAUUACACUCCUCCAACAACAGCCUCGAGAAACAGGCGUUGCGCAACUCGCCCAGAAAGUCAAUGAACAUACUCAAUCUAACCCAACACAUCCCUGGCGCAUACGCGUCCUCCUCAAUGCCGUCGGCGUCAUCACCGUCGAAGCUGUUCCAAUCUUACCCAACCCCUCCUCAGCACCGAGUAUAUUCGUCCUGCCGGAAAAGCCAGAUUUCUCCCGCCUCUUUCCCCGCAACGCGGAUGGGGUAUAUUCCGGAACCGCCUCCACUGAAAGGAUAGAAACGUGGACGCUACGAUUGGACACCCAACCGACCAGCCCCUCACUCUUCACGCGCCACAAAACGACGGUACGAGAUCAGUACACGGCAUCCCGCGAGCGCGCGGGAAUCACGUCCCCGCAUGAUAAGACGGAGGUGUUGUUGUAUAACCCCGCUGGCGAGGUGAUGGAGGGCAGCAUCACCACUGUAUAUUUCCGACGAUGGCGAAGACAGGGUCCUGGCCCGGCUGCGGCACCAGGAUCUACGUCUGUGCCUGGGGAGACGGGUGAUGGUGAUUGUAACUCAGUAGAUGACCCCGGCUAUUAUUGGGUAACACCGCCGCUGUCCAGCGGUGGGAAUGCGGGGACGUCGAGGCGCUAUGCACUUACAGCGCAGAUGUGUGUGGAGGAGGUUGUGAGGGUCGAAGAGCUGCAGCGAUUGGAAGGGAAGAAUGACCGGGUGUGGCUUAGUAAUGGGGUUAGGGGCUUCAUGCCGGCCGUUUUAAAGCUCAAUAAGUAG